CACAUGGCAGAACUGACAUUACAAAGAGUUAUAUAUCAUUGACAAUUUCAUCCCGGCCUGCUAUCCAACCUCAUUCCUAGACAGUGAACCCGGUCCCUACGACACUGGGCGCAGGUUUGCCUUCCCACCGACUUUGCACCCUGCGCCUCGGUUCGAGUAUAUGCUAUAGUAUCCACACUUCUUUCCAGCGCUAAUAGCAACCAGUAUGGAGGCUGACAGCGCGGUCGGUUCGUCUGCUGCUGUUCCCCAGUCGGAGCCGCUCGACGAGACGCAGGUCCGCAACAAUGCUGGUGGCUUUGUUUUCAAGAUCGAUGAUAUUGCUCAACUGCGUCGCCUCGUCAUCCUUGGCAGCGACGCAAACAACUACUACGUAUCGCGUUCGGAGGUUGACCUCAAAUCCGCAGAGUGUGUAAUGCGGUUGCUGGCUUCGGGCGAAGGAGCGCGAGUCGUGGCUGAGGUGACGCGCAUUUCCCAAGAGGGACGAGCAGCCAAGCAAUCCCCAGGCAUCCUCGUCCUCGCCAUGUGCGCCCGCCUAGGCGACGCCGCCACUCGUGCCGCCGCGCUGGCGGCGCUCCCCGCCGUCUGCCGUACGGCAUCCACCCUGUUCGAAUGGAUCCAGCGCUGCAAGGAACUCGGAGCCGCUGCUCGCGUCGCCCGCAAGCCCGACGACACCGCCGCCGCCGCUGCGGAUCCCGCCGCCGUCAUGGCCUGGGCCACCGAAGCCGAGGCUCGGGCGUCAGAGAUACGGACGAAGAAAGCGGCGGCGGCCGCCGCAGCGGCCCGUCACUUGGCCAAGCAAGGCCGCCGUAUCCGCAUGGUCCGUCCGCCGGCGGUUACUGCGCUGUCCCUGGGCGCGGAGGAGGGCAAGCCGGGCUGGGGUCGCGCCAUGCGACGUGCCGUGGCGAUGUGGUAUCUUGAGAAGUCCCCGGCGGCGGUUGCCUACCAGGUCACGAAGUACAGUCAGCGUUACGGUUGGAGCCAUGCGGACCUGCUGCGGCUUGCGCACCCGGACCCUGAGGCGCAUGCCGCCAGGCGGCGGAAGCUAGCAGCGGCGGCGGCGGAGGCGAAGGCUGCUGAAGCGGCGGCGGCGGUGGUGGAGCAGUUGGGGUUGGAAGCAGGGACGGCGGCGGAAGGGAAGGAGGGGAAGGAGAAGGAGGGGGAGGAGGAUUGGGUGAUGGUGCGGGGCUCGACUGGUGCGGCGAGUCUUGGAGAGGAGAGCGAUGAUGUGCAGAUGUUGGGAGGGCUGGCGGAGGCGGUGGCGGAGGCGGAGGCGAAGGUGGCGGAGGCAGCGAAGGCGGCGGCGGCGGCAGGCGGCGACGCCGCCUCUGCUGCAAGAGCUGCAGCAGAGGCGCAGCGCGUGGCGGACAUGAAAGCCAUUUUUGACUUCCUGACCCAUGGGACACUGCCGGAUCAGCCGCGGCCGGCACGUCGUGGCAAGUCGAAGACGGCGGCGGACGAGCAGCCAAAGCCGACUGCCGCCGACGCCACCGCACCGGGUGAGACUGCUGUGCCUAUGGAGAGUGAGGCUCCUGCAGAGGAGGGUGUCGCCGCUGCUGCUGCCGCUGCUCCUGUCGAGACCUCUGCCGACGACGGAGCUGAGCAAGGACAAACGGCGGAGGCAACGGAGCCUUCUUUGGAUACCGGUUCAACCGCCGGGGAAACCGCUCCCGCAGCCGCCGCAGCCGUCGCCCCUGACACUGCUGGCAUCGCCGCCGCCGCUAGCACAGCUGCUGCUCCAGAAGACGCCGCCGCCGCUGAUGCUGGAACUACCGACGUCGUCAUGCACGACGCAGCUGCCGCUGAUGCCCCUGCCGCUGAUGCCCCUGCCGCUGAUGCCCCUGCCGCUGAUGCCUCUGCCGCCGGCGCCACCAGCCCCUCGGACGAACCCGGCGCCGCUGCCGCCGCCACCGCUACCAGCCCUACGGAACCCAGCGCUGCAGCCGCCGCCGCCGCCACCCCAACGCUCACGCUGAGCCCCGUCAUGCAGUACCUGGCGGCUGCACACCGCCUGCGCAAGGAGAUCUGCUUGCCGCGGACGCCGGCAGUUAAGCGCACGAGACCACCCGCUGAGGACACCGCGCCUGCGGCUGCGGCUGCGGCUGCGGCUGCGGCUGAGAACCCUUCGGGAUCUGGUUCAGAUUCCGACUCUGGCUCUGGUUCCAAACCUGGAUCCAAGUCCGGCAAGGAGCAGCAAUCCGACAAGGGGGAGAAUACCGACGCAGAGGAGGAGGAGGAGGAGGAGGAGGAGUUCCAUACCCCAAGCGAUAGCCCCAGCGAGGCGGCACCGGCUCCGGAAGCGCAACCGGAACCGCAACUGGACCCAGUGGCGGAGGCGGCCAAAGCCGCCGCCAUCGACGCCGCCGUAACGCUCAUCCGCCGCCACCGCUUCGGCCACGAGCACGUCGGCGACACUGGCCUGCUCCGCGUGCCCGACAUCUGGGCUGCAUUCCUAGACGUCGGCAUGCCGGUCACCGCACUCGUCCGCAACCUGGGUCGCAUGACUCAGCUGGGCCUGAUGGCGCGCGCGGACUGCCGUCAACACGUGGUGGAGCGCCUGACCGACCCACGGGUCGUUUCCGGCGCCCGCCUGCACCCCAUGACGCUGCUUGACGCCAUGUGCACGUACCGUAACGGCGCUGGCGUGUCGGGUGUGGCGCGCUGGGAGCCAGAACCUGCGGUGCUGGAAGCCCUGGAGGCAGCGUUUUAUCUGGCGUUUAAGAACGUGGAACCCACGGGCAAACGCUACCUAGCGGGUUUGGACGUGAGUGGUUCCAUGUCCUCACCCUGCAGCGGCAUGCAGGCGGUGUCGUGUCGCGAGGCGGCGGCGGCUGUGCUGAUGUCGCUGGCUCGAUGCGAGCCUUGGCUCAAGACGCUGGCGUUCUCGGAUCAGCUGGUACCUCUGGAAAUCAAGUCUGAGGACAAGCUGCAAGAUGUGGUCUCCCGCACGGACGAGCUCCCCUUUGGCGGCACCGACUGCGCUCUGCCCAUCCUACACGCCCUGGAGCGGCGCAUCCCGGUCGACGUGUUCGUUAUCCUAACCGACAACGAAACCUGGUACGGUUCCGUACAUCCGGCCGAGGCGCUGCUCCGCUACCGAGCCGCCAUGGAUCUUCCGGACGCCAAGCUCGUGGUGCUGGCGUUUAACGCCGGUCACUUCAGCAUUGCGGAUCCGAAGGACCCGGGCAUGCUGGAUGUCGCCGGCUUGGAUAGCGCGGUACCGCGGCUUGUGGCGGAUUUCGUAGCGGGCCGGUUGUUGGCGUGAUUGGUGCGGGAGGUGUGUUAAGGGGGAACGGGCAUGCCGGGGGUCUCCUGUGCAGUAGACGGGUGCGGGGGAAGGGAAGUGACCCAUGGGUCAUCACGUCAGUCGGACUUCAGAAACGUUGCGGAGGAAGAGUCCUUGGAGGCGAAUAAGGGAGGACGCAGGUAACCUUGCCUGCGAGAUUAGGGAGGAAAAGGAGGAGGAGCGACGGCCCGGAGUUGGGAUUGUAUGGGACCAGGCGAAAGAGGGACAACGCGUGCACGAGGGUAGAUGAGGUGUUGGGGAGUAAAUGGGGACUCAACUCCCAACUAACAGGAGGGAGAGAGCUCAGAGGCGCUAUGGAGGUGGAUGAUAUGGUGGUGAGGGUAGAUACUGGUGAGAAGUGUAGACAGGAGGGUGGUGCAAACUAAUAUAGCUAUAUAGGACGUAGGAGUGUUCCGUCUUUGGUCUGGGGACCUGGCUGACGGUGCUGGGAGAUGGGAACGAGGCUUUUGGGUUGGAGGGUGAAGAGCAUGCUGCUUCAAGGCAUGGCGCGUAACAUGAUGGUUUUCCGAAAUGGGAUUUGCGUUUUAUUCGUAACGUCGCUGUACUUCUGUUUUACCGGUUUCCAGGAGGCCCGAAACCGUUCUGUGGCAAGCUAAGGCUGGAUAAGCCCCAACUUGUUACUUUUCGACUUGUUUUCUCGUAGCCGAACUAUAUGCGAAGUUUGUUGAUAAUUGGCACGCCCUGGCCCUGCGCCCUGAACUUCAUUGCGACCGUUACAACCGUUGUGCUGCGGGUGCGCAGGAGAUGACGACU